AACAGUAUUUUGAGUAGUGAGUCAUUGAAUUUUAUUUUAUAGGUUUGGUAACUUCCAUUUAACUCCAUUAGAUUAUAGAAUUGAAUUAUCGAAACCAAAUCCAAAACCGGAUCUUAGAACAAUGGUAGUAGUAGUGCUAAGCAGAGGUCGCUCUUUCAGAUUCUUCUUCCUCUUCUUCUUGAUGUGUUUGCGGAACUAGAUUGAUUGAAUUUGAGGCCUAAUCUCGUUCUUGUCGAUCUACGUUUAUCAAAUCCAGAAUCCACAGAUGGUAUUCAAAUCUAAGAUCAAAUGGAUUGCUCUGUUUGUUCUGGUCUUGUCUUUCGUGUCUUUGAUUCGCCAUCUCUCCAUCGCAAGGUCUUCCUCUGUCGACAUGGUUCAGUACAGUGCCCUGGCCGGGUUUCGCGAUGAUUUCGCUCCCAUUCUUGGAAGACAGAAAUAUCGGAAUAAGAAACUCUGGGGUGUUGUAAAGUCACUGCAAUCCUUGCAGCCUUAUGCCAACCCUAGAAGCAACUAUGCUGUACCAAAUAAACAAAGUAAUGGUUUCAUUUAUGCAAAAGUAUUUGGUGGAUUUGCAAACAUAAGAUCUUCGAUCUGUGAUCUGGUCAUCAUAUCCAGGCUUUUAAAUGCUACUCUUGUCAUUCCAGAGAUUCAAGAGACUACUCGCUCAAAAGGUGUCAGCAACAAAUUCAAGAGUUUCUCUUAUCUCUAUGACGAGGAGCAAUUUAUAGCAUCACUUACCAAUGACAUACUCAUUGUUAAGAGCUUGCCUGAAAAUUUGAAAGCGGCGAGGAGAAAAAAUGCAUUUCCUACUUUUAAGCCCAAAACAUCAGCAACGCCAAAGUUUUAUCUUAAAGAAGUGCUACCAGCAUUAAAGAAAGCCAAAGUUAUUGGUUUGGUUAUUACAGAUGGUGGAUGUCUGCAGUCUAUCCUUCCAUCUGGCAUGUCUGAGUUUCAAAGGCUUAGAUGCAGAGUUUCUUUCCACGCUCUCCAAUUUCGACCUGAAAUUAGGGAGCUUGGGCAUCUCAUGGUAGAUAGGUUACGAGCAUGGGGCCAACCUUUCCUUGUUUUUCAUCCUGGCUUAAUCAGAGACACCUUGGCAUAUAACGGUUGUGCAGAACUUUUUCAGGAUGUUCAUACCGAACUCAUACAAUAUCGAAGGGCACAAAUGAUUAAACGAGGGAUUGUUAAUGAAGAAUUAAGAAUAGAUUCUCACAUGCGAAGAGAGAAUGGUUCAUGCCCACUCAUGCCUGAAGAGGUUGGAAUUCUCCUGCGAGCAAUGGGUUAUCCUCCUAAAACCAUAGUAUAUCUUGCUGGUUCUGAAAUUUUUGGAGGUCAAAGGGUUCUGAUUCCUCUGCGUGCCAUGUUCGCUAACUUAGUAGAUCGCACUUCUUUGUGUACAAAAACAGAGUUGUCGGAUUUGGUUGGACCAGAAACGCCUCUUCCACUUGACCACUUUCAAUCACCUCCAGCCAAAAAAAGUGAGGAACAAAAAGAAGAAUGGAAAAAAGCUGGUCCAAGGCCUCGUCCUCUUCCUCCCCCACCAGAUAGACCUAUCUAUCGACAUGAAAAGGAAGGUUGGUAUGGUUGGAUUACUGAGACUGAAAGAGAACCUGACCCUUCACUGGUGGAUCUAAGAAUGCAAGCACAUCGACUUCUUUGGGAUGCUCUUGAUUAUAUUGUUUCAGUGGAAGCAGAUGCCUUCUUUCCUGGUUUUAACAAUGAUGCUAGUGGAUGGCCAGAUUUUUCUAGCUUGGUUAUGGGACAUAGACUUUAUGAGGUUGCUUCUUCCCGAACAUAUCGACCAGACAGGAAAAUUCUUGCAGAACUUUUGAAUGUUACUCGUGACAAUUUGUACCAUCCAAAGCACAAUUGGACACUCGUAGUGCAGGAACACUUAAACAAAAGCUUGGGUGAGGAAGGCCUUAUUAGGCAGUCCCUAUUGUCGAAAUCGGCCUCGUUCAUUUCACAUCCACUUCCCGAAUGCUCUUGCAGAAUAGCUUCUGCAGAGACUUCAAAUAUUGUUAGAGGCGAGGAUGGCCGGGUUUUAUAUGAUGGUGAAGAAGAGUGCCCAAAAUGGAUGCAACAUGAUGAAGAUAUUGUUUCAGAAUCACUUGCAGAAGAAGAAGAGAAAACUGAUGAAGAUGAAUUGCCAGAAUAUGAAAGCAAUCUGGUUGAACAACCUGAAUCAAAUAGCUCUGGCAAUACUAACACAUCUCUAUUAUUUGAUCAGGAUGAAGAAAUGGAUCCAAACGACUAGAAUUGGAUUUCCAAAAUGAUUUUCUUCUUGUUCUUUUGCUGUAUAUGUCAGUCUCCAGCAAUUUCUUCUUGAAUGGUAAGUUUUUGAAUCGGAGGGUAUAAUGGCAAAGUAUAUAUCCUUAAUACGUGAUUUCUACAACUUAUUUUUUGAGUUUGUUAUCAUAUCCAUUCUUUGAGUAGAUUCCGGCCCUUCUCUGGCCACAAAUGGAGAAAAUAUUUUCAUACCAUUCAUUUAGCAGACUUUUGAUGCUUGAGGAUAGAAGAAUCAGGAGCAAAAUUUGAUCAUUAUGUUGAUUAUAGGUCAAGUUUAUAUAUACAUGAUUUUGGAUCAACUGGCGUUGUAAUUUUGAAUAGGCUACUAAUGACUACACCUUAAAUGCUUCAAUGAAGGAAUUGCAUUUUUUGAGAAUGAUGUUAAUUUAUUUUUCAGGGGGGUCAAAUUUUGACUAGAAACUUAAUUUGUUGUGUAUUAAUUAACAGAGUUAGUUUGGCAUAGCUUUCCUUUCGGGGCAACAUUGGUUUAUUAAAUAAAUUUAAGUACUUUUAUUUUCCAUA